CCCGCGCCCAUCUAUUAUGCCUGUUCUUCUCUUUCCCCCCCCAAAGAUCCUCCUUCCUUCUUCGAGACUUUACCCAAAAAACUCCCACCAAAAACGCGUUACUCGAUUUGGCCGGCUCGUCCAUCACCCCAAGCAUCAUUCCUCUUUGGGGCACUUCAUCUACAAUUCUUCAUCAAGCUCUCACCACACUUUCUCUCGCUCGUCUUUGUGCUUUUAAUUUAUCUGCCGGCUCAUCAUGGCUGAUCUCUCCACUGUUGUCCCUGACGAGCACGCCUCGCCCUCGCAGGACGACCUGCAGCAGCCUGGCAAUGGCUCUGGCGUCGACCGCAAGCGCCCACGCAUGAGCGCUGCUGGCGAUGACGAUGACGACGACGACGACAAGACCGGUCGCGAGCGUCGCAAGAUCGAAAUCAAAUUUAUCCAGGACAAGUCGCGUCGCCACAUCACUUUCUCCAAGCGCAAGGCCGGCAUCAUGAAGAAGGCGUACGAAUUGUCGGUCUUGACGGGCACUCAAGUCUUGUUGCUCGUCGUCUCCGAAACCGGCUUGGUCUACACCUUUACUACUCCCAAACUGCAACCUUUGGUCACCAAGCCAGAGGGCAAGAACCUCAUCCAGGCGUGUCUGAAUGCACCCGAACCCUCCGCUGAGAACGGCGUCGACGCCACUGAUGUUCCUGCGGAGUCUCCCGAAGAUGUCUCGCACAGCAAUGUCAAUGCACCUCAGGCAAACAUCCCUCGCGCAGGCGGUAUGCAGGCUGGGUACAUGACACAUGAACAGCAACAGCAAAUGGCCUACUACCAAAAUCUUCAACAACAGCAGCAGGCACAGGCUGGUGGUCAAUACCCCGGUAUGCCCGUUGGAGGCAGGAUGCCACCCCAGCACCAACCAGCUGCCUAAAUUGCUACACACCUUUCAUUGAAUGGUUGAUGGUAUCUUACGAGACAUGUCAUUUAUCUCUA